ACAUUCCAUAUCAGUUUGGUUUACGCAAGCGCGUCAACUCGACGCUUGUUCGCGUACUCAAACAGCUGUUCGGCCUUGAGUUAAUAAACACAAUCCAAACAAAUUGAACAAUAUGGACUUUAGCGACAAAGUGUUCCUAAUUACCGGGGCCAGUUCCGGCCUUGGAGCAGCGACAGCCAUUUAUUUAUCAAAACUAUCAGCGAAACUCGCCUUAGUUGGCCGCAAAGAAACAAACCUCAGAAGAAUAGCCCUAUACUGCGAGAAAACUAAAGGUAUAAAACCUCUUGCUAUCAUUGCCGACGUUACAGAAGAACUUAACGCUGAAAGAAUAAUAAAUGAAACAAUAGAACACUAUGGAAAACUAGACGUUUUAGUGAACAACGCCGGAGUUAUCGGAAUGGGAGGCAUUAAGAACUCAUCUAUGGAAACUUACGACAAAGUUAUGAACACAAACAUGAGAUCUGUGUACCAUUUGACAAUGCUAGCGACACCGCAUCUCAUUCAGAGCAAGGGUUGUAUUGUAAACACUUCCUGCAUUUCAAGUUCAAAGCCCAGUACGAUGGCCUUAGCGUACAACAUAUCGAAGGCCGCAUUAGAUCACUUCACGAAAUGUGUUGCGUUAGAGUUAGCACCAGAUGGCGUUCGGGUCAACUCAGUGAACCCAGGAUUUGUGAAAACUAACCUGCUGAAAGACAUUGGAUUGAGUGAGGAACAACUGGCUUUGUUUGUUGCCAAUGUGGUUGGUAACAUGCCUCUGAAGAAAGCAGUGGAAGGCGAUGAAGUUGCCGCUUUGAUUGCGUUUUUGGCCAGUGACAAAGCAAAGAGUAUUACUGGCUCGUCCUACAUUAUAGAUGGCGGUAGCAUAUUACGCUAGAAAUGAAUCAAAUUAUAUUGAAAACUUGUAAUAUAUUUAUUUGAAUAUGGUUAUUGGUAAAUGCCGCAUUUAACUGUUAUUAUUGUAUCAAUCAUGUGUUGUGCUUACGUAUUUCCUUAUUUGUUACUAGGUUUAUUUUACUACUUAUUAUAUACUUAGCGUUUCUUGUUGCCAUAAGGAAUUUCCAAUUCAUAAUUUAAAUAAUGAACUACAAUGUAAUCUCUGAGAUUAUUGCUUAUGUUAUAAUGCCUAGUCAAUGUAUAUCGUUAUACAAUCUAUUUUAAGUAUAACUUAAC